CAAGGGCUAGUUUUGUCGCGACAAGCCAAUGGAGCUAUCUCGUCCAGACCAGCUGCGAUAGUUGACAGAGGAGAUUGCGAUAAGACCCAGUCAUAGAGCCACAUGCUCUACGCAUAUAUUUAAAUCAGCUAGCGUUCGCGUGAACCAACAAUUGAUCGCCCGAUCCUUAACAAUUUUCUGCGCUACCCGCCGCUGAAACCUAGUAUAUAGUAUACCUCGACGCCGGACAAUCUGUUCAACAGUCGCAUCCGUAACAACAAGCAAUGGGUUGGUGGUGGAGCUCCGCUCCUAACCAGGGAGAAGCGGUGUCGCAAACUGAACCUCCCCGCGCUGCACCUUCACAAUCUCCGCCCGACCACAUGAAAAGCCCUGAGCCAACUCUCCCCGAACACCUCAAGCCCGUCAGUCGCGAUGAACUCGCCGAAGCAGAGUUACAAUCCCUUCUAAAUAGCUUCCAGAAUGAGAGUAACACUUCUACAUCCUCUCACUCAUCACAAUCAUCGUCAUCGUCAUCGUCAACAACAACACCACCACCAUCCGCCAGCGAACCCACCUACUACCCACCUUCUUCUACCUCGAAUAAUGAUUCAACUGAAAUCCCUACAAAUAUCUCCCCCGAAACCCUAUACCCGACUACCAUGUCCUGCCGAUCGGCCUUCGACUACGCCUUUUUCUGCCAGUCGUUCGGAGGCCAAUGGGUCAACGUAUACCGAUACGGCGAGCUGCGCUCAUGUAGCGAGCAUUGGUCUGAUUUCUGGUUUUGCAUGCGCACCCGAUCCUAUUCGGAGGAGGAGAAGGCGAAGAUGAUCUCUGACCGAUACCGUAAGAAGGCUGUCAAGUAUAAGACAGGGCCUAGUAGUGAAGACGUGUGGGAUGUCCGGACGGAGCCAGUUAGAGGUGCGUUUCAGGGGGAUUUGAGGGCCUUGGAAAGGGAGAUGAAGGCUGCGGCGCAAAGGGAGAAAGGGGAAGAGGGCGCUUGAGGAGUCGAGUCUCUUCCUAAUUAUUGGUAUUUUUUAGGGGAUGGUUGCUAUUUACAAUGUUUGACUAGAUAUAUAUAUAUAUAUAUACCUUGUAACAAUAUUUUACUCUGAUUCUUAUCUUAGAUCCCAUUUUAUAAUUUCGCCACAAAGCUCAGCCUAUUAUAUGCUAUACAUUCACACGGCUGCAAGAAACCCUUAGCUUAAGAGAUGAGAUUUGGGUGCCGAAAGAGAUCAGGGCGGGUAUUGCUUAAUAAAUUCCUAGUUUCGCAACCGUGUUUUCAAUCGAGCUGCGCAGUUGUCCUUCUCUUCUCCAAUCCUCUUUCACAACUCGAGACGGAGAUUGGUAGAAAAA